GCCCCGAGCCACCCCGCGGUCCCCAGGGGGCGCUGCGCGCUCCCGUCCCCGGGAGCAAAGCGAAAGUCGCUCCGGCCACGCGGGGCCCGCUGGCGCGUGGGGCGCCGCCCGGGGAGCCGCGCGCUGGGGGGCCCUUUCCCCCGCGCACCACCCCCCCCCCCGCCCCGAGAGGCGGCGCCGCGGCUCUCGGGGCGCGGGCUCUUCCCGGGGCGCCUGCCCACGGGGGCGUCCGGGCCGCAGGGCUGGCGCGGCGCGCGGGCCGUCGGGGAAGCGCGGGGGCGGGCACGCCGCGGAGGGCGGGCGGCGGGCGGGGGCCGAGCUUAUAAAGGCCCGGGGCGGGGAGGGAGCGCGCUGCCAAGCCGCCGUCCGGCCCUGCUCGGCCUCCGCCCGCCGCCGCCGAGAGCCGCGCGCUGCGCUCCUCCGCGGGGCAGGGCUGGCACCGGAGCGGGCGCCGCGGGCCGCGGGCCGAGGACGCGGAGGAGGCGGAGGAGGCGGCGCUCGGGUCGCCCCCCCGGGGGUCCUGGCCGCGGCGCGCGGCACGUGCGCCUCCCCGCCCUGCGCGCCAUGUCCCCCUAGCGCCGCGGCGGCGGAGCGACCACCCCCGGCCGGCCCCGCGGGCCCCCCGGGCAUGGGGCGGCACGUGCUCGGCCCGGUCCUGUACUGGCUGCUGCUGCCCUUCGCGCUCCUGGCCGCCUGCCUGUGCCGCUUCAACGCCCUGUCUCUGGUCUACCUGCUGUUUCUGCUGCUGUUGCCCUGGUUCCCGGGCCCCUCUCCGCACAGCGUCCCAGGUCACACUGGUCGCCUCCUCCGAGCCCUGCUGCUUUUCAGCCUCCUCUUCCUGGCAGCCCACCUGGCCUUCCAGAUAUGCCUGCACACCGUGCCCCGCCUGGACCAGCUCCUGGGGCCAAGCUGCAGCCCCUGGCAGAUCUUGUCCCAGCACGUAGGGGUGACGAGGCUGGACCUGAAGGACAUCCCCAAUGCCGUCCGGCUGGUGGCCCCUGACCUGGGUGUCCUGGUGGUCUCAGCCGUGUGCCUCGGCCUCUGUGGGCGCCUGGCACGGGAAGCCCGGCGGAGCCAGCCCGCCCAGGAGCAGGACGAUGAGGACAGGGAAGCGGACGCCGGCUUCCCGGUGGGGCCUCGCGGAGCCCCCGUGCCGGCCCCCAAGCAGAGGUCUCGGCUGGCCACCCGGUUCCAGGUCACGGCCCACUGGCUGCUGGUGGCCGCCGGACGGACGCUGGCCAUCCUGCUGCUGGCGCUGGCAGGCAUCGCCCAGCCCUCGGCCUUCUCCGGCGUCUACUUCCUGGUCUUCCUGGCCACCUGCACCUGGUGGGCCUGCCACUUUCCCAUCGGCCCCCUAGGCUCCAGCACGCUCUGCGUCAUGGUGGGCUGCUUCAGCGCCGGCCACCUCAUCUGCGUCUACUGCUACCAGACGCCCUUGGCCCAGGCCGUGCUGCCCCCUGCGGGCAUCUGGGCCAGGGUGUUCGGUCUCAAGGCCUUGGUGGCCUACAGCAACUGCUCCGGUCCCAACGUGCUGGUCCUCGAUACCAGCCACGACUGGCCCGUGUACGUGAGCCCCGGCGUCCUGCUGCUCCUCUACUACACCGUGACCUCACUCCUCAAGCUGUGCACACACCAGCCCCUGGACCAGAGGAAGGAGGCGGCCAGGCGCGACGAGGAGCAGGAGGUGGAACUGACUCACGUGGAUCAGUGGCCCCAGGGCCGGGCCGGGGCUGCGGCCACGAAGGAGGAGGGCGCCGCCCAGCGCGUGCCGCCCACGACCAUGGGGUCAGACUGGGAGACCGACAGCUGCACCGUGCACGACCUGACCGGCCACAGCCCCGUCCGGCGGCGCCCCCUGCACCCCAGGCUGUCGGAGCCUAGAGACGUGUCUCCCCUGUACGGUCUGGGCCAUCUCAUCAUGGACCAGAGCUACGUGUGCGCCCUCAUCGCCAUGAUGGUGUGGAGUAUCACCUAUCACAGCUGGCUGACCUUCGUGCUGCUGCUCUGGGCCUGCCUCAUCUGGACGGUGCGCAGUCGUCACCAGCUGGCCAUGCUCUGUUCCCCCUUCAUCCUGCUCUACGGGCUGGCGCUGUGCGGGCUCCGCUACGUGUGGGCCAUGGACCUGCGUCCCGAGCUGCCCACCACCCUGGGCCCGGUCAGCCUGCGUCAGCUGGGGCUGGAGCACACCCGCUACCCUUGCCUGGACCUUGGCGCCAUGCUGCUGUACAACCUGACCUUCUGGCUCCUGCUGCGCCAGUUCGUGAAGGAGAAGCUGCUAAGGAAGGCCAAGAGCGCUGCCGGCCUGCUGGGGGUCGCCGUGGCCGACCCAGAGCCCACGCGGACACGGACGCUGCUCCGGAGCCUGGGCGAGCUGGUCACGGGCCUGUACGCCAAGUACUGGAUCUACGUGUGCGCCGGCAUGUUCGUCGUGGUCAGCUUUGCCGGCCGCCUCGUCGUCUACAAGAUCGUGUACAUGCUCCUCUUCCUGCUGUGCCUCACGCUCUUCCAGGUCUACUACAGCCUGUGGAGGAAGCUGCUCAAGGCGUUCUGGUGGCUCGUGGUGGCCUACACCAUGCUGGUGCUCAGCGCCGUCUACACCUUCCAGUUCCAGGACUUCCCCACCUACUGGCGCAACCUGACCGGCCUCACGGACGAGCAGCUGGCGGACCUGGGUCUGGAGCAGUUCAGCGUGUCCGAGCUCUUCUCCAGCAUCCUGGUCCCUGGCUUCUUCCUGCUGGCCUGCAUCCUGCAGCUGCAUUAUUUCCACCAGCCCUUCAUGCGGCUCACCGACCUGGGGCGCGCGCCCCCGCCCGGCGCCCACCUCCCGCGCUGGGCUCGAAGGCAGGACGCGGUCAGCGGGACCCCGCUGCUGCAGGAGGAGGAGGAGGUGGCCAGGGAGGAGGGACUGAGCGGGGCCGGCCCCCAGCAGGCCGUGCAGGUCCCCGAAGCCGCCACCAGCAAGUGGGGCCUGGUGGCCGAGCGGCUGCUGGACCUGGCUGACCGCUUCUCCGAGGUCCUCACCCGCGUGCAGGUGUUGGUGCGACGCCUGCUGGAGCUGCACGUCCUCAAGCUGGUGGCCCUGUACACUGUGUGGGUGGCCCUGAAGGAGGUGUCGGUGAUGAACCUGCUUCUGGUCGUGCUGUGGGCCUUCGCCCUGCCCUACCCCCGCUUCCGGCCCAUGGCUUCCUGCCUGUCCACCGUGUGGACCUGUAUCAUCAUCGUGUGCAAGAUGCUGUAUCAGCUGAAGGUCGUCAGCCCGCACGAAUACUCCAGCAACUGCACCGAGCCCCUCCUCAACAGCACCAACCUGCAGAAAACGGAGAUCAAGCAGUCCCUGCUGUACCGGGGACCCGUCGACCCUGCCAACUGGUUUGGGGUCCGGAAGGGCUUCCCGAACCUGGGCUACAUCCAGAACCACCUGCUGGUCCUACUGCUGCUGGUGUUCGAGGCCAUUGUUUACCGGCGCCAGGAGCACCACCGUCGGCAGCACCAGCCGGCCCCGCUGCCUGCCCAGGCCGUCUGUGCCGACGGCACCCGCCAGCGGCUGGACCAGGAUCUUCUCAGCUGCUUCAAGUACUUUGUCAACUUCUUUUUCUACAAAUUUGGGCUGGAGAUCUGCUUCCUGAUGGCCGUGAACGUGAUUGGGCAGCGCAUGAAUUUCAUGGUCAUCCUGCACGGCUGCUGGCUGGUGGCCAUUCUUACCCGCCGGCACCGCGGAGCCAUCGCCCGCCUCUGGCCCAACUACUGUCUGUUCCUGGCGUUGUUCUUCCUGUACCAGUACCUGCUGUGCCUGGGCAUCCCCCCGGCCCUGUGCCUUGACUACCCGUGGCGGUGGAGCCAGGCCAUCCCCAUGAACUCCGCGCUCAUCAAGUGGCUGUACCUGCCCGACUUCUUCAGAACCCCCAACUCCACCAACCUCAUCAGUGACUUCCUUCUGCUGCUGUGCGCCUCCCAGCAGUGGCAGGUGUUCGUAGCCGAGCGCACGGAAGAGUGGCAGCACGUGGCUGGCACCAACACUGACCGCCUGGAGGUGCCGCAGGGCGAGCCCGACCCCGUGCCCAACUUCAUUUACUGCAGGUCCUACCUCGACAUGCUGAAGGUGGCCGUCUUCCGCUACCUCUUCUGGCUGGUGCUGGUGGUGGUGUUCAUCACGGGAGCCACCCGCAUCAGUAUCUUCGGGCUGGGCUACCUGCUGGCCUGCUUCUACCUGCUGCUCUUCGGCACCAGCCUGUUGCAGAAGCACACGCGUGCCCGCCUCCUGCUGUGGGACUGCCUCAUUCUGUACAACGUCACCGUCAUCAUCUCCAAGAACAUGCUUUCGCUCCUGUCCUGCGUGUUCGUGGAGCAAAUGCAGAGCAGCUUCUGCUGGGUCAUCCAGCUCUUCAGCCUCGUGUGCACCGUCAAAGGCUACUAUGACCCCAAGGAGAUGCUGAGCCGGGACCGGGACUGCCUGCUGCCCGUGGAGGAGGCCGGUGUGCUCUGGGACAGCGUGUGCUUCCUGUUCCUGCUGCUCCAGCGCCGCGUGUUCCUCAGCCGCUACUUCCUGCACGUCAGUGCGGAGCUCCAGGCCACCGCCUUGCAGGCCUCCAGGGGCUUCGCGCUGUACAACGCGGCCAACCUCAAGAGCAUCGAGCUCCAUCGCAAGGCGGAGGAGAAGUCCCUGGCCCAGCUGAAGAGACAGAUGGAGCGCAUCCGCGCCAAACAGGAGAAGCACAGGCAGAGCCGGGCUGGCCGCAGCCGCCCCCAGGAGCCCCAGGGCCCCCCCCAGGAGCCGGGGCCUGGCAGUCCACGGGGCUCGUCCCCGCCACGGAGGCAGUGGUGGCGGCCCUGGCUGGACCACGCCACAGUUAUCCACUCGGGGGACUACUUCCUGUUCGAGUCUGACAGUGAGGAGGAGGAGGAGACCCCUCCCGAGGACCCCAGGCCUUCGGCACAGAGCGCUUUCCAGCUGGCGUACCAGGCAUGGGUGACCAACGCGCAGACGGUGCUGAGGAGGCAGCGGGAGGAGCAGGCGAGGCAGGAACAGGCAGGGCAGCCGCCCGCAGGAGGCGGCCUGGGCGCGGAGGCGGAGCCGGUGGAGGGCCCAGACCAAGAGGCGGCUGGCCACAGCCACGUGAUGCAGCGGGUGCUGAGCGCCGUGCAGUUUCUGUGGGUGCUGGGGCAGGCGCUGGUGGACGGGCUGACGGACUGGCUGCGCACCUUCACGCGGCACCACCGCGCCAUGAGUGACGUGUUGCGCGCCGAGCGCUACCUGUACACGCAGGCGCUGCUCAGGGGCCAAGAGGUACACCGGGGCCUGCUGGACCAGCUCUAUGCCAGGGGUGCGGAGGCCGCACCACCAGGCUCCUCGGGGGCCCGAGACGCACCCGGUGCGGCGGCAAGUGGGCCGGGGGCCCAGGAGCCACUGAGCGCCGCCACGGAGGCCACCGGCGGCCCCCUGAGCACGGGGUGCAACGCCCGCAGCAGCGGCGAGGACGCGACCGCCGAGCCCGGGGCUUCCCUGCACAGCUCCCGGGAGCUUCCCGCCGGUGCUUCCACCCGGACCCGCACCGCCAGCGAGCUGCUCCUCAACAGGCACCUGCACAUCCAGGAGCUGGAGGAGGCCCAGCAGUUCGAAGCGAGGCAGGGCCGGGCGCUGCGGCUGCUGCAGGCCGCCUACCAGUGCGUGGCCGCCCACUCGGAGCUGCUCUGCUAUUUCGUCAUCAUCCUCAACCACAUGGUCACCGCCUCGGCCACCUCCCUGGUGCUGCCCGUGCUCGUCUUCCUGUGGGCCAUGCUGUCCAUCCCGAGGCCCAGCAAGCGCUUCUGGAUGACGGCCAUCGUCUUCACCGAGGUGACCGUGGUCACCAAGUACCUGUUCCAGUUUGGCUUCUUCCCCUGGAACACCCACGCGGUGCUCCGGCGCUACGAGAACAAGCCGUACUUCCCGCCACGGAUCCUGGGCCUGGAGAAGACCGACGGCUACGUCAAGUACGACCUAGUACAGCUCAUGGCCCUGUUCUUCCACCGCUCCCAGCUGCUGUGCUACGGCCUCUGGGACCAUGAAGGGGACCAACUCUCCAAGGACCACGAGCGCGGCACUGGGAAGAAGGGGGUUGAGGAGGAGCCGACGUCACCAGGACCCCAGGGAGAACCAGGGGUGGCUGGGGCCCUCACCCAGUACCACAUGCAGGCGGAAGCAGGGCAUGGGCCCCCAGAGCCUCCCGUGGAGCCCAAGCCCCGAGACCCAAAGCCGAUCAGCCUGCGUUUCAGGAAGAGGAGAAGGGAGAGCACAGAGCCUGUGGAGCCCACAGCCAUUGGUACGACGGCCCUGUCCCUCCACGGCCACUGUGGCCCAGCGGGUUCCCACCUGGAGCCGCGGCCCCCGCCGCGUUCCCGGCCUGCCCCACGUGGCAGUGGGGUGAUCCAGCCCCCUGGGGGGUGGUCUCGGGGUGGCCGGGAGUCAGAGCUGGGCCUGGAGCCCCCGGGGCUCCCGUCAGCAGUGGCUGCUCCCACAGAAGGCGUCGUGGCGGCGGCCCCGGGGAGCGAGAGGUGGAGUCGCCCCCGGGAAAGGGCGAGAGCCCUGGGGCUCCGACUGCAGAGCUGCUGCCUGGCCCUGGCCCAGAGCGUGUACCGGCCCCUGCACUGCUUUUUCCACGACAUCCUGCACACCCAGUACCGCGCGGCCACCGACGUCUACGCCCUCAUGUUCCUGGCCGACGUCGUUGACUUCAUCAUCAUCAUCUUUGGCUUCUGGGCCUUUGGGAAACACUCGGCAGCCACAGACAUCACGUCCUCACUGUCAGACGACCAGGUGCCUGAGGCCUUCCUGGUCAUGCUGCUCAUCCAGUUCAGCACCAUGGUCAUCGACCGCGCCCUCUACCUCCGCAAGACUGUGCUGGGCAAGCUGGCCUUCCAGGUGGUCCUGGUGCUGGCCAUCCACCUCUGGAUGUUCCUCAUUCUGCCCGCGGUCACCGAGAGGAUGUUCAGCCAGAACGCAGUGGCCCAGCUGUGGUACUUCGUCAAGUGCGUCUACUUCGCCCUGUCCGCCUACCAGAUCCGCUGCGGCUACCCCACCCGCAUCCUGGGCAACUUCCUCACCAAGAAGUACAACCACCUCAACCUCUUCCUCUUCCAGGGUUUCCGGCUCGUGCCGUUCCUGGUGGAGCUGCGGGCCGUGAUGGACUGGGUGUGGACGGACACCACGCUGUCCCUCUCCAGCUGGAUGUGUGUGGAGGACAUCUACGCCAACAUCUUCAUCAUCAAGUGCAGCCGAGAGACCGAGAAGAAAUACCCGCAGCCCAAGGGGCAGAAGAAGAAGAAGGUGGUCAAGUACGGCAUGGGCGGGCUCAUCAUCCUGUUCCUCGUGGCCAUCAUCUGGUUCCCUCUGCUCUUUAUGUCCCUGGUGCGCUCCGUGGUCGGCGUCGUCAACCAGCCGAUCGACGUCACCGUCACCCUCAAGCUGGGUGGCUACGAGCCCUUGUUCACCAUGAGCGCGCAGCAGCCGUCCAUCGUGCCCUUCACGCAACAGGCCUAUGAGGAGCUGUCCAGACACUUCGACCCGAACCCUCUGGCCAUGCAGUUCAUCAGCCAGUACAGCCCCGAGGACAUCGUCACGGCGCAGAUCGAGGGCAGCUCCGGGGCGCUGUGGCGCAUCAGCCCGCCCAGCCGGGCCCAGAUGAAGCGGGAGCUGUACAACGGCACCGCCGACAUCACCCUGCGCUUCACCUGGAAUUUCCAGAGGGACCUGGCCAAGGGCGGCACCGUGGAAUACACCAACGAGAAGCACACCCUGGACCUGGCUGCCAAUAGCAGCGAGCGGAGGCAGCUGGCCAGCCUGCUGGAGGGCACCUCGGACCAGUCGGUGGUCAUCCCCAAUCUCUUCCCCAAGUACAUCCGUGCUCCCAACGGGCCCGAGGCCAACCCCGUGAAGCAGCUGCAGCCCAACGAGGAGGCCGACUACCUCGGAGUGCGCAUCCAGCUGCGGAGGGAGCGCGUGGGCUCGGGGGCUGCCGGCUUCCUGGAGUGGUGGGUCAUCGAGCUGCAGGACUGCCAGGCCGAAUGCAACCUGCUCCCCAUGGUCAUCUUCAGCGACAAGGUCAGCCCGCCCAGCCUCGGCUUCCUGGCCGGCUACGGGAUCAUGGGGCUCUACGUGUCCAUCGUGCUGGUCAUCGGCAAGUUCGUGCGUGGCUUCUUCAGCGAGAUCUCCCACUCCAUCAUGUUUGAGGAGCUGCCCUGCGUGGACCGCAUCCUCAAGCUCUGCCAGGACAUCUUCCUGGUGCGGGAGACGCGCGAGCUGGAGCUGGAGGAGGAGCUCUACGCCAAGCUCAUCUUCCUGUACCGCUCGCCCGAGACCAUGAUCAAGUGGACCCGCGAGAAGGAGUAGGAGCCAGGGCCCCGCACCCAGGCAGGAAGGAGCCACCCGGCAGACCGCCGGGCCCCGAUGCUGCUGCCGGAACGAAGGAAGGAAGGAAGGAAGCUGUGGCCCCUCCCCCGCCCGGCUCAGGGCACCUCCUCGUCCCCGAGGGCCCCACGCGGCUGGCACGCUGGGCUGGGGCUGGGGCGUCCAGCCUUCCCCUCCCCACGAGUACUGUAGGGUUUUCUAAUUAAAAGUAUUUUUAUUUAUGCGA